AUGGCCUUCUCAUUCGGCGCACCGGCCGCAGCGCCUUCCGGCCAGCCAGGCGCCUCCACAUCCGGCUUCUCGUUUGGCCAACCACAGAACAAGCCCGCCACGACCACCGGAGGCGGCUUCUCGUUUGGACAGCCGGCAGCGUCCCAGCCGCAGGCGACGGGGUCCACUGCCGCCCCGGCUGCUACGGGCGGUCUGUUCGGCGCCUCGACGUCCCAGCCCCAGCAGCAGCAGCAGGGCGCCGCUGGCCCCUCGAAUACUGGCAGUACCUUCUCAUUUGGUGCCCAGCCGCAACAACAACAACAGCAGCAGCCGCAACAGCAGCCAGCAUCUACAGGGUUCGGAGGUGGUCUGUUUGGAUCCUCGACCAACACUGCCGGAGGAACCGGGGGAGGCUUCUCGUUUGGUAAACCACCCCAGACCACACAGCAACAGCAGCAGCAGCCUUCCACUUCCCUCUUCGGAGCAUCAACGUCGACCGCGCCUAGCUUUGGUGCGAGCCAGAACGCCGGGACGGGCAUGGGCGCAGGCUUCGGUACGAGCUUCGGUGCGGGUGCAGCUGGUCAGCAGCCGCAGCAGCAGCAGCAGCAGCAGCAAGGACAAAUGCAGCAGCAACAGCAGCCGCAGCCGGAUAAGAAGCUCGGCCUCUCUCUGGCGCCCAAGAUCGAGCAGAUCCGUGCAGCGUGGGACACGCGCAACGCCGCUGCUUGCCGCUUCCUCUACUACUUCUACAACAAUGCCGGCAACGCGCAGAACCUCAAGAUGAUCCAGGGCAGGAGGCAGGAUGCCGUGGGAUCGCUGCACGAUCAGCUGUGGGCCGCUGCCAUUCGAGAGAAUCCGGACCCGAACCGCCUCUACCCGGUGCUUGCCCUCGGAUUCCCAGACCUUCAGAAGCGAGUGCAGUCCCAGACGCUCGAGGCCAGUCGCCAACGCACGCUCCUCUCUACGAUCUCGACGCGCCUCUCGACGCUGGACCAGAAGCACGCCCUGACCAAUACGGUGCGAUACGCCGCCGCCUCGUCGCGGCAGACGCAGCUGCACCACCGCCUCGUCUCGCUCAUCUCCAAGUGCGCCGUCCUCAUCCCGGCGCUGCGCGGCAAGAGCAUCGGAAAGGAAGAGGAGCGGCUCAUGGCCAUUCUCGAGGCGUGCGAGCGCGAAAUCGUAGGCGUCAAGGGUGCCGGCGGGGCUCGGUUGAGGGCCAAGGUCAAUGAGCUCUGGGCCAUGCUCGGCGUCGUCAAGGCCAAGAGGGAGACGAUGGCCAGGGAGGGUCGGAGGGAUGGGACCGAGUGGGCCGUCGUCGACGAGCAGGGACUGGACAGGGUCGCAAAGAUCCUCUCGUCGCAGCAGCAGGGUCUCAGCCACCUCAGCACCACGCUCGUCCAGGACACCAAGACGAUGGAGACCAUCAUGCAAGGCUUGACCGGAGUGAAGCUCGUGGGCGUCACCAACCGAUAG